UCUUCCUCUUCACUCAAACAUCAUCAACAAAACAAAAGAAAAUACAACCAAUUAUCUUUAUCUUUUUUCUCUUUUAGCCUCAAACUAAGAAAAAUGGCAUCCAAAAUCAAUGUGAUGGCUCUAGUUAUGGUUCUAAUUGUGGCCAUUUAUUGGAAUGGAGCUUUAGCUCAAUCAGGUUGUAUGACUACACUAGUAGGAUUAUCACCAUGUUUGAAUUAUGUUAGUGGAAAUUCAUCAACACCAUCUUCAUCUUGUUGCUCAUCACUAUCUAGUGUUGUCCAAUCCAAUCCUCAAUGCCUUUGUGCGUUGAUUAAUGGUGGUGGUUCUAAUCUUGGCAUUGCUAUUAAUCAAACUCUUGCUCUAGGAUUACCUAGUGCAUGCAAUUUACAAACUCCUCCUCUGAGUCGCUGCAAUGCUGCAAAUGGACCAACAGCUUCAGCUGCAGUACCAGCAAGUUCUCCUGUAGGUUCAACUACCCCAUCUGAUUCCUCUAAUGAAAUCCCAGCAACUCCAGGUGCUACAGGUUCAAAAACAGUUCCCUCAACACCUGGAUCACCAUCAUCAUCAAGCAACUCAAAAGUUUCUAUCAGUUUAGUUGGGUUCCUACUAUUUGUUGCAUCAUCAUCUGCUUUGACCAUCAUGAGGGGAUUCUGAGUUUAUUUUUUUUGGAGAAAAAAGUCAUUUUUAUGUCAAUGUUGUAUUAAUAUUA